GCCGCGCCUCUGUGCGAUCAGCUGACCGAGCUGGGGUUAAAGGUAAAACGCAGCUUUUAUUGUGGCGUUAGAAGUAAAGCAGCGCUUGCUUAGCAUCAUUGGACCUGAAAUCCACCUGUUCCAGUAACGAAAUGAGACGAACCGCCGUGGGUUCUGCCCUCUGUGGGAACCAGCUUCUUCUAAGCUAAUACUGUCCGGUUUAAUGCAGUCAGAGAACAGCUGAUCAAGCUGAGGUGGUCUGGAGGCAGCAUCAUGGAACACGCUGAGAUGGAAGACAGCAAUGGAGAAGAUCUUAAAGAAACACCUGAGCUUCCUCUGGAGAUUAUAGUUUACAUCCUGAGUUUUCUUCACGCCUCAGACAGAAAGGAAGCCUCCCUGGUCUGCCACCGCUGGUACAAUGCCAGCCAGGACCUGCGCUUUCAGAAGAACUUAACCUUCAGUUUCCCGGCCUCAGCUUCAUCCCUGGUGCUGGUCAGGGGUCUGGCCAGAAUGCCCCGCUGCAGCCUGAAAAUCAGCCAGCUUGAUGGCUUCAGUAUUUCCAGAUCACUCCUUCUGGAGGUUGGUUUGUGUCUGGGCUCCAAGGUGGACAGCUUGGCUCUGCCCGGCAGCAGCAUAACAGAGGCCUCCCUGCUGACCCUCCUGCCUUGCCUGACCUCCCUUCGGAGACUUGACGUCAGAGGCCUGGACAGCCUCUUCAUGUCUGGAGCCUUCCUCUCCAGAGAGGAGCACAGACGGCAGGUCCGGUCGGCUUUGAGUGGUCUGGAGGAGCUCGAUCUGUCGGACCUGCGCUACCUUUCUGACCUCACCUUCAACCGGCUCACCGGUUGCACCCCGUGCCUUCGCCGUCUCUCGUUAGCCGGCUGCCACAUCGCCUUUGAGUUUGAUCCGUACCGAGGAUGCCCAGUGGGAGCUGUGGAGGACUCCUCGGCACUGCUGUCGCUCAGGAACCUGAGGAGGUUAUUAACGGAGCAGAGAUCCACCCUCAAAGCUCUGGACCUCAGCCGGACCUCCAUCACCCCUGAAUCUCUGCGCAGUAUCGCGCAGGUUCAGGAUUUGGUCCUAGAGGAGUUACAUCUUCAGGGCUGCAAAGAGCUGACUGACUACUCGGUGGAGAUUCUGGUGAAGCACCAGCCCAAGCUCCUGAAACUGGACAUCAGCGGCUGCACGGAGCUGACCAGCAGGUCUGUGGCGGCUGUAGCUAAGAGCCUGAAGUCUCUGAACCACCUCUCCUUGUCUCGAGACUGGAGGAUCACUGAAAAAGGCCUGGCUGAGCUGCUGUCCAUCCCCUCCCUGAUGUCUCUGGAUCUGUCUGAGUGUCUGCACAUCAGUGGGACAGAGUUGGUGAGAGGCUUGAAGGAGUCGAAUGCUGCCACACCAAAGCUGGAGGCACUUAACCUGAGGAGCUGCACGUACCUCAGGGAUCUUGCAGUUUUCUCACUCGCGCAGCUUCUCAGGGAUUCUCUGCGUGAGUUGGAUCUAACGUCAUGCGUCAACGUCACCGACCUGUCCGUAUGCGCCAUCGCCACCUACCUGCAGAAGCUGGAAGUUCUUCGGCUCAGUUGGUGUAAGGAAGUUACGGACUGGGGUCUGCUUGGGAUGGUGCAGACAAGCCAGUGUGAGCCUGACGAUGAGACGGGAGACAGAGGUCCAAGGUUUACCCGGACCUUCGGGAACAUGGGCUUCUUCAAGCCUCCUCAAAUGCCCUUUGAAGACCGUCCCAAGCUGGUGACACAGAACGACUUGGAGCAGUUCAAACAAAGCGCCGGAGCCUCACUUUUAGCUCUAAAAAGGCUGCAGGAGCUGGACCUGUCAGCCUGCUCCAAACUCACGGACAGCAGCAUCACUCAGUUGUUUGAAUGUUCUGUUUCCUGUCCUGAGGGGAUGCACUUCCCAGACCUCCAGCGUCUGUCUCUCGCCAUGCUGCCAGAAAUCACCGAUGCCAGCGUGGCGUCUGUAGGCUGGCACUGUCGCAGCCUCACCAGCCUGGAGCUCAGCCACUGUCCCGGCAUCACUGACCGUGGACUGGCCCAGGCUGUGCCCCACCUCCACCGACUGCAGCACAUCAACCUCUCUUGUUGUAAUAACAUCACUGACAGGACGUUGUACCUUCUGAUGCAGCACUGCAGAUGUCUGAAAACGGUCGACAUCUCAAGGUGCAAAAACAUCUCCAUAACAACGGUGGACCUCCUCCAAUCACAGCUGCCGUUUUUGGAAAAUGUCCAUCAUAAGCUCAUAGGUGUGGCUGAUCUUACACUGACUGACUGAACGUUCUGGAUGACUGAAGGACCAAACCUGCUGACCAAAGAUCUCACAGAUGGAAGGUCAAGCUUCAUUCUUUAGGAAACUUUUACUGACCGACUCUGUUGUUAAUUAUGGCCAAGACUUUUUAAUCACUUAUUUAAGUUCAUUUUAUGUGACGCAUCAGCAUUAAAGGUCCAUGUUUCACAGAACAACAGAGGAACAAGUAAUGGUGUGAAGAUUUCCUGGGAAUGAAUGUAGGACAGUAUUAGCAUAACUGGAGGUCUGGAGAAACUCAAAGCAGCAGGAUCUGUCUAUUAAUUGAGACAAGGUUUAUGAAUAAUUUUCAUCUACUGAUGUAAAUGAUCUUCCACAGACUGAACACCAACAGUUUUAUCUGUUAAUCUAUUUCUAGCGGGGCUGUUGACCUGUAACAAUCCAAGUAAUCCAUUCAAAGGUCCACAGAUGUACUGAUGUGGAAUAAGGUUUUAACACAAACAGCUUUUUCUACUAAUGACGGAUUCUGUAUGGUGAAACUAGUCACAAAGAGUCCAGUUCUGUUCUCAUGGUUCUGUUACUUCAUGGUUAGCUUGGUGUAGACUUUAGUACUCGGUACUUCUUGACCCUGCAGUAAAUCUGUUGGCACAAAUAUCUGCUCAGAUAGCCAGAAAUAAAAGUGGAAAGUUUUGAGCUGCAAGAGGAAAACAUCUAAACUUUCAUUUGAUUUGCCAUUUCUAAGCUCAUCUAACUGCAUAAAUAAUGGCAAUAAACUGCUGAGUCAUCUGUC